CUUGUCAUCUGGACCCAAACAAGUAGUAUUUAUGCCUAUAUAUACACUAACCGGAUAUAAGUUAUAGUAUGAGUUGGACCGACGCAGAUUUAGUGACAUUCCCCCGUGACAUUCUCGGUGACAGGAGUCCCACACGUUAGUGACUCAAUGUCACGGGAAUGUCACCGGAGCAAUGUCACCGAAUCCCAAUCCAAGUUGGAAGCAUAGCAAUUUCGUUUUUAAUACGCCCAGUGAAAUUUGCUGUCUAGAGACUCGUCCAAAAUUUUCUACUAAUACCAUUUUUUUUCAGCAACUUGUCCGUAGAACCAACCAUUGGCCAAAUGGCCAUAGAUGAGAUCGCCUAGGCGCCUACAAGGAAACGACGGGUCAGGUUGGACGAGAGCGCAGUGCCGUGAGUGAGACGCCCGCCGCGCGAGCGGACGAACAUGGCGGCGGCAGCGGCGGCGGCGCACGUGCUCGUCUUCCCGGCGCCCGGGCAGGGCCACAUCAACUGCAUGAUGCACUUCGCCACCGGCCUCGUCGGCGCCGGUCUUCACGUCACCUUCCUCCACACCGACCACAGCCUCCGCCGCCUCGGUGGCGCCGCGGCCGCCGGCGGCGCCGACUCGCCGCGGCUCCGGUUCAUGUCCAUCCCCGACGGCCUCCCCGACGACCACCCGCGCGCCGUCGGCGACAUCGUGGAGCUCCUCGAGUCGCUGCGGACCAACGGCAGCGUCCCGUACCGCUCCUUGCUCGCUUCGCUCGUACGCGCAGGGGACGACGGCGCCUCCUCCGGCGGCUUCCCUCCGGUGACCUGCGUCGUCGCCGACGGCAGCAUGCCGUUCGCCGCCGACGUCGCCGAGGAGAUCGGCGUCCCGUCGCUGGUCUUCCGCACGGCCAGCGCGUGCAGCGUACUGGCCUACUUGUCAGUCGACAGGCUGUUCGAGCUCGGUGAGGUCGUCCUGUUCCCGGCCGACGGCGACCUCGACGAGCCGGUGCGCGGCGUUCCGGGCAUGGAGAGCUUCCUGCGCCGGCGAGAUCUUCCUGGCAACUUCCGGAACUGCACCGAGGACCAGAACGACCCCAUCGUGCAGAUGCUCAUCGAGGUCACCGCGCACAGCCGCGGGGCGCGGGCGGUCGUGCUCAACACGGCCGCGUCCAUGGAGGGGCCAGCGCUCGCGCACGUCGCGCCGCGCAUGCGCGACGUCUUCGCCAUCGGCCCUCUCCACGCCAUGUUCCCGGUGCCGGCGGCCGCGGGCAGCCUGUGGCGCGCGGACGACGGCUGCGUGGCGUGGCUCGACGGGCAGCCGGACCGAUCAGUCGUGUACGUGAGCCUAGGCAGCUUCGCCGUCAUCUCGCUGGAGCAGUUCACGGAGUUCCUCCACGGGCUCGUCGCCGCCGGCUACCCAUUCCUCUGGGUGCUCCGGCCGGACAUGGUCGGGGCGAGUCAGAGCGCCGGCGCCCUCCGCGAAGCCGUCGCGGCGGCGGAGAAGAACAACAAGGCGCGCGUCGUGGGGUGGGCGCCGCAGCGGGACGUGCUGCGCCACCGCGCCGUGGGGUGCUUCCUGACGCACGCCGGGUGGAACUCGACGCUGGAGGCCGCCGGCGAGGGCGUGCCGACGGUGUGCUGGCCGUUCUUCGCCGACCAGCAGAUCAACAGCCGGUUCGUCGGCGCCGUGUGGGGGACGGGGCUGGACAUGAAGGACGUGUGCGACGCCGCCGUCGUGGAGAGGAUGGUGAGGGAGGCGAUGGAGUCCGGCGAGAUCAGGGCGUCGGCGCAGGCGCUGGCGCGCGAGGUGAGGCAGGACGUCGCCGAUGGCGGCUCGUCGGCGGCGGAGUUCGAGCGGCUCGUCGGGUUCAUCAAGGAGCUCAGCAAUCAGCAUGAUGGACAGUUCAUACAAGCUUAACUCGAGCUAUUCAAUCUCCGAGUGAUGAUAUUUUAAAGAAAAACACUUUCCCAACUAUAGUAUUGUUGUUGUGGCACUGACAUGCCACCGUGUGCAGUCAAUUGGUCAUAGUUCCCUCUUUUCUCUAACAAAAUUUACAAAUUCAAUUCUUUCAUUGUUUGCGUUUCACCUCAAUUUUCCUUUUGUCCCAUUUUCAUCCCUCACUUGUUGUAUCGUCGAUAAUGGGCCAACUCGACUCGUUUGAGCUCACAAUCGUCUUAGCAAGAAAACCAGGAAAAAACAAGUUGUUCGUGUUAUACUUUGCGAAUUAUGAACUGAUGAGAAUGUAAAUCA